AUGACGAGCGCGCCGGGAGAAGCGUGGGUGCUGCCUGAGAAGUAUGAGGACGGCCUGGUGGAUGAGAAGGGGGAGCCGCUGAGCAAGAGCGAGUUCAAGAGGCGCCAGAAGCUGGCGCAGAAGGAGAAGGAGAUGGCGGAGAAGAAGGCCAAGCAGGCGGCAGAGGCGGUGGCGCGGGCGGCGGCCAAGGCUGCCAAGGGCGAGGCGGCGGUGGCUCUGGAGGAUGACAGCAACGAGGAAACCGACCCCACCAAGUACUACGAGAACCGAGUCAGGGCGGUGACGGCGGCCAAGGCGCGGGGCGACAACCCCUACCCUCACAAGUUCCACGUCUCCAUCCAGCUGCCCGCCUACGUGGCCCAGUACGGCAGCCUGGAGCCGGGGCAGCAGGUGCCGGAGGAGGGCGUGAGCCUGGCGGGGCGCGUCGUGCGCAAAGCCGCCUCGGGCGCCAAGCUCAUCUUUUUCGACCUGCGCUCCGAGGGCGCCAAGAUCCAGGUCAUGUGCGACGCCCGCAACUUUGGGGGCGCCCUGGAGGACUUCCAGCGCCUCAUGAACAGCGUGAAGCGCGGCGACAUUGUCGGCGUGGGCGGCUUCCCGGGCAAGUCCAAGCGCGGCGAGCUGUCGGUGUUCCCCAGGAGCCUGCAGGUGCUGGCGCCCUGCCUGCACAUGCCGCCGGGCGGCCACUUUGGCCUGAAGGACCAGGAGACGCGGUACCGUCAGCGGUACCUGGACCUCAUUGUCAACCCCGAGGUGCAGGACAUCUUCCGCACCCGCUCCCGCAUCAUCGGCGGCGUGCGCCGCUUCCUGGAUGAGCGAGGCUUCCUGGAGUUCCGCAACGAAGGCAUCGACCUGACCCACAACCCUGAGUUCACCACCUGCGAAUUCUACCAGGCCUACGCCGACUACAACGACCUCAUCGCCAUGACCGAGGAGCUGAUCUCGGGGCUGGUACUGGCCAUUAAGGGCACCUACAAGAUCCAGUACCACCCAGACGGCCCCGAGGGCAAGGCCAUUGACAUUGACUUCACGCCGCCCUUCCGCCGCAUCUCGAUGUGCGCGGGCCUGGAGGAGGCGCUGGAUGUGAAGCUGCCGGCAGACAUGGACAGCGAGGAGGCGCGGCUGGUGCUGGUGGAGCUGUGCAAGAAGCACGGCGUGGAGUGCAGCCCGCCGCACACCACCGCCCGCCUGCUGGACAAGCUGGCCAAGGCCCAGGGAGACGACCAGGCCAUGUUUGUGGACGAAAACUUCUGCACCGCGCUGGAGUACGGGCUGCCGCCCACGGGCGGCUGGGGGCUGGGCAUCGACCGCUUCACCAUGAUGCUGACUGACAAGAACAACAUCAAGGAGGUGCUGCUGUUCCCGGCCAUGAAGCCCGAUGCAUCGGACAAGCCCGCGGCGGCGGCGGCGGCGGCGGCGGCGGCGGCGGAUGGAGUGGCGGGGCUCAGCAUCGCACAGGGCGCGCCUGGCGCCGGCGCCGACGCGAGCAUGGUGUUGGCACAGGCGCAGGCCACGCCCAGCCGUACGGGCAGCGGCGCGGGCUGGCCCGGCACGCCCACGCCGGCAGACGCCCCGCCGGCUGCGGCGGCGUCGCCGGCCGGCUGCAGCAGCCCGCGGCGCGCGCGCGGCGGCGCUGCUGGCGCCACCGAGGCGGCGCUGGAGCGGUUCAGGCGGGUGGUGGUGCUUGAGGCGGCGGCCACCCGCGCCGCCGCUCAUGCCGACCGUCAGGCGCUGGUGCACGGCCAGCCUCUGGAGGGGGUGGUGCGCUCGGUGUCGCCGCAGCCGCUGGCGCCCGGCGGCACGCGGGAGGGCACCGAGGCGCGCCUGCGCCUGUGGCGCGGCAGCAGGGCGGGGCAGGCGCCGAGCGGCGAGCCGUGA